AAAAAUUGCCUUUGUCACGCUCUUUCUCACUGUUCUAUAUAUUUUUUUAAAUUAAUUUCGCUUUUCUUUAUCUUGCGACUGCAUAAACAAGUCUGCAUGUAUUUACGGUAUGCAAAUAUGUAAAUAUAGUUACAGUUAUGUAUUUUCGCGACUGAUAUUUAAAGUAAUUAGGGAGAGCUGCUGCAAGAGAGAAACCCAGCAAGCCAUUUAGUUUAAAUUUAGUUAUUGUAUUACAAAAUACAGCUUUUCCAAUUCUUAAUAAUUUUUCCAAUAUACUAACCAUUGAUUUUUUUUUUUAUAUUUUCUAAUAUUUUUCACUUGGUUCUUCCUAAUUCAAAUUUAAAUUUGUAGCCAAUUUAUAACGAUUUUUAAAUUAAAUAAAAAAGUUUACCAUACAAGAGUUCGAUCAGUUUUUAUGGAAGAUAUAUACCAUAGCGAGCCGAUAUCGGCGGUUCCGACAAAUGUUCAGCUUCUUGGUGAGAAAAGAACGUGUGCAAAAUUUCAGAUCGAUAUCACAAAAAUUGAGGGACUACUUUGCGCAUAUACAGAUGGACAAACAGACGACUCAGCUCGUCAAGCUGAUCAUUUACAUUUGCAUGGACUACAUAUUUUAUAAGCGUUUUACAUAUUUUGUCCCAAACUGUGUAUAAAAAAAUAAUUUAUGUAUUUUUAUCCUUCAAAAAAUUCACAGCAUUGCAAUAAAUUGUUCGAUUGGCAGUUAAUAAUGAAAUUAGCUACAUUUUUUAUAAAAAAUGUGAAAAAAACUCGAUUAAAAGCUGCCUCGUUAGAAGCUGUUUUUGUCAGUUGGGCUAAAUGGCAAAUUACCAAUGUUGCAUGUACCGAGCCGCAACACAAGACGCAAAACCGGUAUGUUUCAAGACUCUGAACCAUUACUUGCAACUAAAGAGAGGCCAGCAGCGCAACGCUUACACAUACACGUUUCAAGCGAUAGUCUGAUGUAGGUAAGAACCAAGCGAAGAGAACUGUACUCACCGCUGUAGUUUUUCGCUCUCUUAUGUUUGCUACUGUGUAUGUGUAUUCUGCAUUUUGUUUUUACCAUGUUCGGCGUGAGCGCGCCUUCGUGUUUUUAUGCCAUUACAAAUAUUCGAAAAACUUAUACAUGUGAAUUGCCAUUAUAAAUUUAUAUAUUUUCUUCUGUUGCCUUGGCUCGUCAUUUUUACAUUUUCAUUAUAUUUAAGCGUAACACGAUGUGUGUGCGAGGAGCAGCGUAAGUGUUAAAGCAAAAUAAUAAAAUUUCAUAUUUUAGUUUUAAAAUUAUUGUCGUUGUGUGCGGUCGUUUGUUGUGUUAGCAGCGGAGAACGGGUUAUAUGUGCCGAACGGCAAAUAAUGUUUUAAAACUUAAAUGUAUUUUACUUAUGAAAUUCAUACAUAUUUAAAAGAGAGUAGAGAAAAUAAAAAUAAAAUAAAAAAUAGUUGGCUAAAAAUCGAUUUUUGACGUGCAUUUUUAUGCGUAGAAAUUUUUUGAAAUAAAAAAUUAUUUUUUUUUCGCGCAUAUUAUUGAAUUGUGAAAAUAAAAAUUUCCGUCUAAAUGGAUAAUCAAAUUGAACCAACAGGGAAUAGCGCGACUCUCCAUAACAACACGGCCACCGUGGACUACGUAAAUUAUGAUUAUCCGCAACCAUCCAAACGUGGUCGUGGCUAUGCGCCAACAGGCGAAUUCGAUUUGAGUCUCAUACGAGAAUUUCGUGCACGUCCUGGCUUUUACGACCGCAAUUCAGCCAGUUUCAAGGACAAACUGCAUACAGCGCAUCAAUGGCAGGAGAUUUCCAACAAAUUGGGCUUUGAUGUGUCCUUGCUGAAGGAUCGCAUGCUACAGCUGCGCAAUCGCUAUAAUCUGGAGAAGCGUCGCCUCGAGCAAGUACGUGAUGAAAAUCCUGGCCAGAAUAUUGAAUCACCAUGGCCGCUGUUUCAACAUUUGCAUUUCCUCUCGGAACACAUACGACCGCGUCGUUCGUACAAAAGCAUGCAACCGCGUACAUCGCUAGCGGACACCGGCGACGAUGAUGAUGAACAACAGCCCAGUAGUCAUCAACAACAGCCUGAGCAAUAUCUGCAACAACAACAUCAUCAACAACAAGCACUGAAUUCAACAGCAACGACAACUGGCAAUCGUGAUUCGUAUAGCGAUGGCGGCGGCGAGGGUGGUGGCAACAACAGCAGCGCCGAUAUGGCAACAUUCGCCAAUGGCCUGCUAGCCGUUAAAAUGGAGGAACCCGAUGCAGAUGAUGCAAAUGCCGCCGAUGAAGAAUCCGCUAGUCAGAGCGGUGACGACACCCGCAGCGCGCAUCCCUUGAAGCUAAGCGCCGCUUCGACAUUGCUCAGCAUGCAACAACGCCAGCCACAUUCCAGAUCGCCAUAUAAUAGAAGCCAUCACACUGCGACGUCAUCGUCGUUGGGAGCCUUAAGUAAGCGUCCAUUGAAAUAUUCCGCCUCACCUGCACCACUACAACCGCCAACAAUCAAAAUACGCCGCUUGGAUACAAUGCAAGAGCGCACUUCGUCGUCCGGUGGCGUUGGUCUGCAUUCACAAUCGCGUACAAACAUUCCGCAUAGUACAUUCAAUACCAGCCACAACAAUGACAACAACAAUACAAACAAUGCUGUUGGCCAGCGUAAGGAGCUGCAACAACAGCAGCAGCAGCAGCAUACUUUGGCGUCAGCACAUUCAGCUUACAACAAUUUCCAAAUCAAUCGUCGUUGUUUGAGCAAUUCCGAACAAAAGUAUGCCGCUUUUGGUGAAUUCGUAUCUGCUUCGCUGUUGGAGUUACCCGCGACUCGCGCGCUGCAAUUGGUGGAAAAGUUCACUUCGGAGGUGGUGCGUGUGCUGUUGGAUAGUAAGGAGAAGAGCGCACAAGUGCCAGCGCAACAAAAUGCGAUUCAGCCGCAAUUAACGCUGUCUGCUACGCAACCAUUUCAGCAAAUUAACGGCAACAAUGGUGGAGCAGUGAAUGUGAAUGGUGUUUGAAUAUACUGCUGCAUAC